AUGCCUGAAAACCUGAAUGAUAUGUUUUCAGAUCGCUAUACAGGCAACACUCACUUGAGAAACUGGAUUAACAUUAAUGUCAUUUAUGAAAUCUGGUUCUGGUACACACAAAUGAAAUGGGGAAACCCCAUUCCCGCUCCUGCUCUAGAAUCAGUAACCAAAUACAGACUCAAAAAAGCAAUAAAAGCAUUGAAUCAUGGUGGUAAAGGAGUCGACAGUUAUAAAAAUAAGAAAAAAAUCAUGAAGGAUCUCUUUAUGCCACCGGCGUCCUAG